GUGAUUUGAACAGAAUUUGAACAGACUUUUAUAUCAAUCUGCUUUUUUAUUUAUUGGCCAACAGAAGGGAGAUGGAUUUGAGAGACAACCUUAGGCAAAGUUCAGGUGUUAUCAUAUUACCAAAUCAAGGCGCCUUUUUUUUUCCUGGCGAACCGAUCUAUGAUUGUAUUCACGCCUAUUUUAAUUUCCCUAUGCAUAUACAAAAGAGCUAAACCCACUAAUCUCUCUUCUAACAUAGUGGAGCGCAGCCAAGUUUUUAUCCUCUUUAGAUGGGAGAAACCUCUUUCAGAUGUCGCAACACUUACCGGCAAUGAAAUCAAUGAUUAGAAAUGUUUUCAUCACAUGAUAAAAACAGUGACAUUCCACUGUCUAUAAUAUCUUGUGUACGUGACUUCCAAAGGUCAAAUUCUGCUUUUAAUCUGGUACUUAUUAAAUUUUUGUUUUCGUUACUAUUUGGUCCAUGCAAAUAUUCAGAGAUUGUUUCCAAUAUAUCCAUUACUUCCGCUUCAGUUUUCGAAUUAAAUACUGACACAAAAAAAAAUAUUAAAAUUGUGUAUAUUCAAAGAUUCUUCAUUUAACCGGUAUACCAAAUCCUGUAAUAUAUUA